CUCGUAUUCAAACUCCAAAUCUGACCCUUCUUUCUCUCUCACCCCGGCCCCAUUCCUUCUCAUUCAAUUCAAGUGUGGAUGGAACUUGAGGGUCGGCAAGAUCAGUGCCUCCCGGAGGCGGAGAGGGAGAAGAAAGGCCAGAAGAGGAAGCUCGAACACCGUCAGAUCUACGUUUCUCCCACCCUAUUCUCCGACGUCUUGGAUCACGUUUCAAUUCUCCACUCCACUUUCUCCUCCAAUGAUUCCGAUCGAGCUGCUGCUAAGCGCGCCACUCACGCCCUCGCCGAUCUUGCUAAAAACGAGGAAGUUGUCAAUGUCAUCGUUGAAGGAGGCGCCGUUCCGGCUUUGGUUAAGCAUCUUCAACCGCCUCCUUUACCGGAAAAUGACCGCAUCAUCAUGCCGUUUCAACACGAGGUUGAGAAAGGGAGUGCGUUCGCACUCGGUCUUCUUGCCGUUAAGCCAGAACAUCAACAGCUCAUCGUUGACAAUGGUGCCUUGAAGCAUCUUGUUGAUCUUUUGGAGAGGCAUAAUGAUGGCUUAACGUCUCGGGCCAUUGCUAGUCUAAUUCGUAGGGCUGCAGAUGCCAUUACGAAUCUUGCUCAUGAGAACAGCAGUGUUAAAACCCGAGUCAGGAUGGAAGGUGGGAUUCCACCUCUUGUUCAUUUGCUUGAAUUUGCCGAUAUAAAGGUGCAAAGAGCAGCUGCUGGUGCAUUGAGAACUCUGGCCUUUAAAAAUGAUGAAAAUAAAAACCAAAUUGUUGAAUGCAAUGCGCUUCCGACUCUGAUUCUAAUGCUCCGUUCGGAAGAUGCUGCUAUUCAUUAUGAAGCGGUUGGUGUGAUUGGAAAUCUGGUCCACUCUUCCCCUAAUAUAAAAAAAGAAGUUCUUCUUGCUGGAGCCUUACAACCUGUUAUUGGAUUGCUUAGCUCCUGUUGCUCUGAAAGUCAGAGGGAAGCAGCCUUAUUACUUGGACAGUUUGCAGCAACUGAUUCAGACUGCAAGAUUCACAUUGUACAGAGAGGUGCUGUACGACCUUUGAUAGAGAUGCUUCAGUCCCCUGAUGUUCAGCUCAGAGAAAUGUCUGCCUUUGCAUUGGGAAGAUUGGCUCAGGACACACAUAACCAAGCUGGUAUUGCACACAGUGGUGGUUUAGUGCCAUUACUGAAGCUUCUUGACUCAAAAAAUGGGUCUCUGCAACAUAAUGCUGCUUUUGCUCUUUAUGGCCUUGCAGAUAAUGAGGAUAAUGUGUCCGAUUUUAUUAGGGUAGGUGGAAUUCAGAGAUUGCUGGAUGGAGAGUUUAUUGUUCAAGCAACUAAAGAUUGUGUUGCAAAGACAUUGAAAAGAUUAGAAGAGAAAAUUCAUGGCCGUGCACUGAACCAUUUAUUAUAUCUUAUGCGAGUUUCGGAAAAGGCUUUUCAAAGACGAGUUGCUUUGGCACUUGCUCAUCUUUGUUCUGCAAAUGAUCAGAGAAAAAUAUUUAUUGAUCACCACGGUUUGGAGUUACUUAUUGGGCUUCUUGGCUCAUCCAGCCCUAAGCCGAAACUUGAUGGGGCUGUGGCUUUAUGCAAGUUGGCCAACAAAGCUAUGACUUUGUCUCCCAUAGAUGCCGCCCCCCCUUCUCCAACACCCCAGGUCUAUUUGGGAGAGCAGUAUGUAAACAAUGCUACGUUGUCUGAUGUUACAUUUUUGGUCGAAGGCAAACGGUUUUAUGCUCACAGAAUUUGCCUUCUCGCAUCUUCAGAUGCAUUUCAUGCAAUGUUUGAUGGUGGUUAUAGGGAAAAGGAUGCACGGGACAUAGAGAUUCCAAAUAUUAGAUGGGAGGUUUUUGAGCUGAUGAUGAGAUUUAUAUAUACUGGAUCAGUUGAUGUCACCCUUGAUAUUGCCCAAGAUCUCCUCCGAGCAGCUGAUCAAUAUCUUUUAGAAGGGCUUAAGAGACUCUGCGAAUACACAAUUGGACAGGAUAUAUCGCUGGAGAAUGUGUCAAGUAUGUAUGAACUUUCUGAAGCUUUUCAUGCUAUAUCGUUGAGGAAAACAUGCAUCCUUUAUAUCUUGGAGCACUUUGAUAAAUUGAGUGCAAGGCCAGGACACUCUCAUCUGAUUCAGCUUAUAAUACCCGAGAUCCGCAAUUACUUUGUUAAAGCGCUUACAAAGGCCAAUCCCAACAUCCAGGCGCAGGAUCAGCCAUUUUAUUAUUGAAACCUAACCGAUCUCAAUGUACAUAAUGUGAUAGAUGUCCUUCCUUUAUUUUGAUCCUGAGAAGGAGGUCUCCUGGAUUGAAUACUGCAAAGCUGAAACUUGAAAGAAAUAACUAACACCAGGUCAUGUACGUUUUUCUGAUGCUGUACCCUUAUGGCUGCAACGUUAUUGUGAUUGAUGUAGCAUAUAUGACUUCACGAACAUUGUUUUUUCUCAUGCAAUAUUGUGAUGUUUAUGACUUGAUAGUUAGUGCUCUUUGUCAAUUGAUUUUGCCUAGUAUGAUUAUAGGUUACCCAAACACUUCAGGUACAUAUGGCAAUUCGAUAGUCCUCUGCAACAAAAUUGUGCUGAUGGGUGGGUAACUAGUUAUAAGCCCAAGUCAGCUGUAUGAUGGGCCAGCCCAAAUUGAGAGCAUAAGACCAGCACGUGAGUGGCCCAAGUCUGCUUUGUGGAGGAUUUAACAUAAUUCUGCAUGUAUUUUCUAAAGGUUCUUAUAGCAUGUGAUGUAAAAGAGUUAGUUAGAUAUUUGUCAAUGAUUGUUUGUAUGGAUUUAUACAAUUAAGUGAAAUGAAUGAAGGAUAUUUUUUGUAGCA